AUGGCCUCCGGCGCGUCCCUGCGGGCCGUUCCCGGGGCCCCGCUGCCCCGGCGGCGGCCGGGGGCGUCGUCGUCGUCGUCGUCGUCGGGCAGCAGCGGGGAGGAGGCGGCGGCGGGCGCGCGCGGGCGGCCCCGGACGGGCCCCUCGUCGUCGUCGUCGUCGUCGCGGUCGUCGGGCGGGCGGGCGGCGCAGAUCAUCCACUCGGGCCACUUCAUGGUGUCGUCGCCGCACAGCGAGCACCCGCCCAAGAAGGGCUACGACUUCGACACGGUCAACGAGCAGACCUGCCAGACGUACCGCUUCGGCGGCUGGGCCGAGGCCGAGGCCGCGGGCGGCGGGGCCAGGGACGGCCGCCUCAGCAUCGACGCCUCGCUGACCAAGCUCUUCGAGUGCAUGACGCUGGCCUACAGCGGGACAUUGGUCUCCCCCAAGUGGAAGAAUUUCAAAGGGUUGAAGCUACUGUGUAGAGAUAAAAUCCGGCUCAACAACGCCAUCUGGAGGGCCUGGUACAUCCAGUAUCUAGAGAAGAGGAAGAACCCUGUGUGCAAUUUUGUGACUCCCCUGGAUGGUUCUGUAGAAGUUCCCGAGGGUAUUAGGACGAAUGAGAAAUACUGGAGGCGGCGGAUCGACAUAGUAAUCCGAGAAUAUCACAAGUGGCGAACCUACUUCAAAAAAAGAUUACAGAAGCACAAAGAUGAAGACCUUUCCAGUUUGGUCCAGGACGAUGGCUCCUUCAAUAAAGAGAUCCCAAUGGAACUGGAAGAGUUUUUCAGUACUGACUAUUACAUGUCAGGGUCUUCAGACACCCUCUUCUCCACACUUUCUAGUCACCAGCUGGUCAGCUGGCCAAACCCCAGAGAGAGAGCACACUUGGGCAAUGCCGACAUCAUUCAGCCAGGACUUACCCCUCUGCAGCCAAAUUGGAUGGACCCUUUGGAAUUUUUCCCAGAUUUUUUCGCAUCUCCUGCCACCACUACCUCCAGCCUGAUUCCCGGUGCUGCCCUGCCGGGGGCCAGUGAACAUUGCUCCCAGACUCCGAGCCUCUCUUCAACCUCUUUGCGCAGCCCACUCCCGGCCAUGAACCUCGGGGAAGAGCUGGUCGCCCCUGCAGUGCCUGAACCGAUCCUCCCCCCCGGGGUGGUUGGGAAUGACCAGUGCCUGGGCCUGAGGAGCCAGGACCCGUGCCUCCAGGCCUCCGGCUUCUCCGAGCUGCCCCUGGCCGGCCAGUCCCACUUCCUGCCUCGCUUCCCGGCUCUGGGGCUGCCCCUUCAGCCGGAGGUCCCUCCUCAGCCUGCACAGACACUGCUUCCCCUGAAUACGGACCUGGCCUUGCAGGUGCCCCUCUUCGCUCCUGAGGCACCCAAGUUCGGCCCCGGCAAGUCUUCUGUCAUCACCCACACCGCCUCCACCGCUCCCACGCAGAAUGUCCCCGCCACCACCUUCAGCCACGGCCAGGCUGGACUCUUGGCCUCGCAGCAGCCUGGCGCAGGAGUGCCUUGUGCAGUGGCCACGCUCCAGACAGCCAUGGUGCAUCAGCAGCCUCUCCUGCCGCCACACCCGUCCUUUGUCCUCCCCGUGGCCGGCGCCGGGCUCAGGCCCAGGAAGCCCCAGCAGAUUGCGCCUGCCCCAGUGGACUCGGUCCCCUUGAUAUUGAACAGUGCCUUCAUCUCCCCAGCAGCCUUUCAGGGACUGCCCCGAGCUGUGUGUGCGAUUGUAGCUCCGGCCCAGUUGGAAAGAGACGGGGUGCUGGCCCCAAGCGUGCCGUCGCCCGCUGUUGUGAUUGCAUCGUCCGGACUGCCCCGUGCACCCCAUGUGACAGAACUGCCAGGCGGCACUCUGCUCAGCCCAGGCCCGCCGUCUCAAACCCCCCAGCCUGUCCCGGCCACCGCCGUUCCACACCUUUUUACUCCCAGCUCAGCCCAGGAAGUGUUGGUGAACAGCAAGCAGGUCCCGCCCCACAUGACCCGUGCCCAGGUCCCCUCGCCUGCCCCCAUCCGAGACUGUCAGCCCGCACGGCAGGCCUCCCCCCGCCCUUCCGAGCCGAGCCUCAGCCCUCAGUCCCCGCAGAGCAGCCGCUCCAGGAAAGCCACCCCUGAUCCGCAGACGUCCAUUUUCAAGAGUCGCAGGAUGAAGCAUAUUUCGGCAGAACAGAAACGGAGGUGCAACAUCAAGAUCGGCUUAGGCACCCUCAACAGCUUGGUGUCACCAAACUCUAAAUCGAUCAGCCACGCCCUCACCCUCCAGAAGACGGUGGAAUACAUCGCCAAGCUGCAGCAGGAGCGCUCCCAAAUGCAGGAGGAAGCCAGGCGCCUCCGGGAAGAGACGGUGGAGCUGAACGCAGCCAUCAUUUCUUGCCAGCAGCAGCUGCCCGCCACCGGGGUCCCCAUCACGAGGCAGCGGUUUGACCAGAUGCGGAACAUGUUUGAAGACUACAUCCAAAACCGGAGCCAGCAAAACUUGAAAUUCUGGAUUUUCAGCGUCAUCAUCAAGCCUCUGUUUGAAACGUUCAACGAGAUGGUGUCUACCACCAGCCUGCAAGAGCUGAACCGGACGGCCUUGGCGUGGCUGGACGAGCGCUGCUCUCUACCUGUCCUGAGGCCCAUGGUCCUGAAUAGUCUCCGGCACUUGAGCACCACCACCUCCAUUCUCUCUGACCCUUCUCUCUUGCAAGAACAAGCCACCCAGGCCUUGGGGAAGCUCAGCAAAACAGCUGGGGAAACAUAACAGAAGAUGAGCUCAAGCCACGGCAGGCCUCCAGGCCUCACAGAGACUUUGCCAGCUCCCCCGGUUGGGGUCUUCCCCCAGAUGUGUAGGAACAGCCAUUCCUUGAAUUUCCCAGCCGCCAUGCUGGCCGAGAAUUGAAGGAUUCGCUUUCCCCACACAUGUGGAGGGCACCAAGCUGUAGAACGUUGGCUUAGAAGCUUCCUUGUGUUGACUCACCAUCAAGGACAAGAGGCAUCAGACUGGGUGUUACGUUGGGGAGGACUGAGGGUUGAAGCUGCCAGGAGGCUGUUCUUCGAUGCUGCCUUUGGGCUAGGUCAGAUGGGAAAACCCAACUCAGGUAAACUGCUUCCAGCAA